UCUAGCCAGUGAGAACAUUAAUUUCCAGACAAUGACCUGCCAUUCUUCUUCACUUCGACGCCUCUCUACACCAUCUUCAGUCACAAAACCCUUAUUUGUAUUGACCACACAGUGGAUUUGGUAUUGGAAGAAUGACCAAGGCCAGUGGAUUGAAUAUGGAGAACAGGGACAAGCAUGUACUGUGAACUCCCCAUCUUCUGAUAUUAUUGAGAAUUUGUAUCUAGCAGAUCCAGAAUCCAGCAUAUCUUUCCAGGCUGGCAUGUAUCACUACGAUCUCAAUUUUAAAGAAAUGACCCAGACAAACACCUCUCUCAAAACUCGAAGACAGGUCUGCAGGCGACCAAAGUUUGUGUCUUCUGAAGAUGUACAGAAGAUAAAGACAGGCCAAGGGGACUCUUCUAUUCCAAAUCAAGCCUAUCCUAGCCACUGGGAUCCAUCUGCACUACCUGACUUGGGAUACAAGGCAGUGGAGAUCAGUAAUACAACCCCUGAAUACAACAGAAUAAAGCUGAUGUUUCUUCAGACUAUGAAAAACUACAGUGUCCUUAAAAUACAGAGGAUUCAGAGUCCAUCCCUCUGGAAAGUGUUUCAGUGGCAAAAGGAGCACAUGAAAAAGGAAAAUGGAGGGAAGGAAGUAGAUGAAAAGCUCCUGUUCUACGGAACCAAGAUCUCCCUCAUGGAAGCCAUCUGCCUUCACAACUUUGACUGGAGAAUUUGUGGAAACAAUGGAACUAAUUAUGGAAAGGGAUGUUACUUUGCUAGAGACGCCUCCUAUUCCCAUGCAUACUGUCAGCGUGUGGUGAAAACAAACAUCAUGUUCGUGGCUCGUGUAUUGGUUGGAGAGUAUGUUAAAGGCAAUGCGGCCUACGUUCGCCCCCCAGUCAAGUCUGGUGAUGGGCUUCGGUUUUAUGACAGCUGUGUGGACGAUGAGUUAAAUCCCUCCAUUUUUGUUGUCUUUGAAAAACACCAGAUUUACCCAGAGUAUAUAAUAGAGUAUAAGGCAGAAGAAAAAACAUGUGUUGUAUCUUAG